AGGUACAUGUGACAUAUGGAUUCAUGAAUGCACUAUUAUCAAUGGAAGUUUACAAUGCAAGUACAUAAAGUACGCAGCUUAGGGCAUGAUACGUUGUUUUAAGAUGGGGGAAAGGAUGUGUUUGAAUGUGUUUUUUUUUUUUUCCAAUAAUCAACCCAGAGUCAGCCAGCUCGAGUUUUACGUUGGAUUCGACCGUUAGGAUUUUUAAAAAUAAGCUAAUACCGCAGAGUUGUGCAGCAGUUUCCUGUUGGAGUAAUGGAUGCAAGUUUGAUCCAUCUUCCACCCCGGCAUGCCCGUGCUGGAGGGGCUGUGGAGUCCAGAUCUCAGGCUUGGUAUCGAAGGUGGAGGCUGCCCGGAUGAUGACGCCCCUCGCUCCCCGGUCUGGGGGACCUUGAGGACCCCGCCGGUCACCUGCGGGGGCUUGUCUCUGGCCCUGGAGCUCCCGGCGCUCAUACGGCAGCUACGGGCAGCGUGGCGGGCGCGCAAAGGACGACGACCUCGGCAGCCGGAGAGAUGUCAGGAUGGUGCUUGGGUGGAAGCUGGAAGUGAAGAAGCAGAAGAGGAGGUGAAGCAUGACCAGGAAGACAGGAGCGCACAUCUGCAAGAUAGCAGACUGACUGCGUGGGAUGGCGGCGUGUUGCUGGCUGAGAGAAGAGGCUCCUAUCCGUUGAUUGACCUGCAUGUCGUUAAAACCAGUGACCAAAAGAGGGAGCAAGAGGUUGGCAGGAGAAGGAAGGUGAAGAGUCUGCUGAGAUUCCAGAGGUACUGCCACGCUUCCCGGCUGCUAAGGGGGUUGGUGCCCCGGACGCCUGAGUCUUUGCAUCUGCUGGACGAUGACUACCUGGGCCAGGCUGCACACAUGCUGUCAAAAGUUGGCUCUUGGAACUUUGACGUUUUCUUUUUUGAUCGUCUUACAAAUGGUAACAGUCUUGUGACGCUGAUGUGCCACCUCUUCAACGUCUACGGCCUCGUUCACCACUUCCAGCUGGACAUGGUCAAACUGCACAGGUUCCUGAGCACAGUGCAGAGCGACUACCACUCCCAGAAUCCUUAUCACAAUGCUGUGCACGCGGCCGACGUCACCCAGGCCAUGUUCUGCUACCUGCAGGAUCCCAGGCUAGCAGAGCAGCUGAGCCCACUGGAUGUGUUCCUGGGUUUGAUGGCGGCCGCUGCCCACGACGUGGACCACCCUGGUGUCAACCAGCCUUUCCUUAUCAAAACGCGACACCACCUGGCGUCUCUCUAUCAGAACACAUCAGUGCUGGAGAGUCACCACUGGAGGUCCACAGUGGGCCUGCUGCGUGAGUCACAACUGUUGUCACACCUGCCUGCUGAUGUGUCGCAGGGAAUCGAACGGCAGCUGGGUUCUCUCAUCUUGGCUACAGACAUCAGCCGACAAAAUGAGUUUCUGCUCAGCUUCAGGGAACAUCUAGACAACCAAGACCUUGAUCUUCAGCUGGCUUCUCACAGGCACUUUAUCCUGCAGAUUGGCCUUAAGUGUGCAGAUGUGUGCAACCCGUGUCGCGUAUGGGAGCUCAGUAAGCAGUGGAGUGAGAGGGUGUGUGAGGAGUUCUACAGGCAGGGUGACCUGGAGAGGAAGUUUGACUUGGAGAUCAGUCCUCUGUGCGACCAACGAGUGGACUCGGUCCCAGCCAUCCAGAAUGGUCCACUUGCAGGCCUCCUGUUGCUGGUCCGGCUCGCCAUCAUUAGCGGAACCAUCUCGCCGGCACGAUGCGGGCUUGACUUCCAAGACCAUGCCAGAGCCACAGGUGGCGCUAUAACCCCAAGCUGUGAAGCAAUUUUAGCCAAUCGGAAGCCAGAAGAAAGCCCUUUCUGGAAAAAGAAAAGUAAAGUGGGUAAAACAAGGGGAAAAAAAAGAGUGCCUUGAUUGUGAAAUUUUAAAUAUUACAGUUGAAUAUAAAAGCAAUACAACUUUUGAAAAGGUAGAAAAAUAACAACUACGUUGUUUGCAUGUGGGAAAAAUGUAAUAUAAAAUGGUGUUUCAAAAAUAAGACUGGUCACACAAACAAUAAGUUCCGUAACGUGUCAUCCAAACUAUGUGAAAAGUCAUCCCAUGUCAAACGUGGAAUUUUUGCUAUCAGCAAGGAGUUAUCUGUGUUAUUUGUCAAGCAUCCAAAAGACACGCGUUUUUUUUUUUUUUUACUGACGCGUUUAAACUUAUUUUACACUAUUCGCUGACACACUGGAACUUAGAUAACAAUCCACUUUUGCACAAUUAUUUGGGUAUAGUAUGUGACAAAACUUAAAUAAGGUAGGACCAGCCUUUGUGUUUUUUCUUUAAUUUUUAAUUACAUGAUUAACGAUUCAUAAGAUUUUUGUAUCGGAAAAAACUAUCAUAGGUUGACAUAAAAUAUAAAGACAUAAAUGGUGACUUCAUUUUAUAUAAAUCGCUUAUUUUUUUACAUUUUUUGCGAGUUAAUCAGUGCUACCUCCUGAUAUGAGUUCAAUUGGUUCCGCGAUGCAGUUUGUACCUUGGAAAACUUGAAUUGUAAAAUAUUGUCGCCCGUUAAAAAUGAACUGAAAUACUUGGCCACCCCAAAACAGCACAUUUUGACAUGUUACAUGCCUUUUAAAAAGAAAAAGAAAAUUUAGAUAAGAAAUAUCGUAUAAAGCGUUACAAUUUAAUGUGCAACUUACAACUACAGGAGUUUAUGAAUUAAUGUAAUAAUAAUGUACAGUAUUUACUAGGGGUGUAACAGUACACAAAAAUUUCGGUUCGGUACGUACCUCGGUUUAGAGGUCACGGUUCGGUUCAUUUUCGGUACAGUAAGAAAACAACAAAUAUACAUUUUUGGGUUAUUUAUUUACCAAAUUUGUAAACAAUGACUUUAUCUUUUUAACAUUGGGAACACUAUAAUAAUUCUGCCCAUGUUAAUCCACAUUACACUGCCUCAAGUUGUUGCUUUGAUUAAAUAAAAUGACAAAACCUUUCUUCUACAUUUAAAAAG